AAAUAAAUAAUGAUUUAUUGCAAUUUGCAACGUCAACCCAGCUGACAGGUGGGCCACACAAAAAAUUAAAAAAUGGUUCCAAAAAUGUAUAAAUCCGAAAAACAUUAACGUAAAAAAAUGAUAUUACCUUAAAUAAUUAAGUUGUUUUUUCUUUUAUUCGGGAACACAUACAUUUACCUAGACGCAAAAAUGGCAAGUUGUUGUACGUGCAGUGGCGCCAGCAGCGGUGUGAAAUCCAGUUUACCACUAAUAUGCCUUGUACCACGCGACGACGCGCGCUUGCCCGACCAGGCCGCGGCGGGAAAGCCCCGGCCCGCUUCCGCCGGUACCGUCGCCCAGAGUGACUUCCAACUUCUCGACGAAGAGUACAUUAAGAAGCACUUUAAACUGCCGCAGAGGUCACUGUACCUUGACCCGUUCAGGCGUCCUCUUAUCACAUUUCCUAUGACCCAAGAGGACUCGAAACACUUCAAUUUAGCGCGUAAAUAUAAAACAAACCAACAAAUCCUAGACGGCUACUUGGACCCAAGCGAGGCUAUAUCAGCGCCCAGUGUGUUUCCGUAUGCGAAAUCCGAAAGUGAAAAACGCAAAGAGAAUGAGGACGAUGAAGAAAUCAUUUACAUUCUUCAGCUACCAGAUUGGGAAUUCAAGUGUCCUGUGCACAACCAAACUAUCAGGACGCCGAGGUUUAUAUGGCACUCGUGCAAGAAACCAAAGAAAGAAAAAGGAGGUGAGCCGAAACGUGGCGGUGGACCUUUGAACAAACCGAAACCUUGGCUACUAAGCAGACACACAGAUUUCGAUUUACUAUCUCAGUGGUAGUGUGACUAGAUGUUGCAAUUAAACACAUAAUUUUAAUGAAAAAACAACUCCGUUGCAAAAGUAAUAGUUUGUCAUAUUAAAAAAUUGAAACCUG